CGGCGUGGGCGGAUGAAGCUGCGACGGCUCAUGAGGAAAAAGGCGGAUAAAUAGAUGAAUUAAAGAGUAAUUAGUUACUCAGCGCCGAAAACAAGCCGCGGAGGAACGUUUUCGGUCGGUUUUACGAGAGGUCGGGCAGAGCGCGGAGGAGAAGAGACGACAGCAGGUGCCUGGUGGAUGGCGAGAAAAUGGAAGUGAACAGAAGAGAGGUGCCUUUAUACGGGCAAGUGGAGGCCCAUGUGAAGCUGCAGGCCGGAGCUCCUCCAGAUGCAGAAUUCUUUGUCGUCGUCCAGGGCUCCAGACUCAAACACGUUACCGCCGCUAAAUUAGCCGCCGAUGGGCUGACCCUUAGCUUCACAGUUCCAGGCCACGAUCUCGUGGAAGUUGCCUCUGUAACUCCGUACCUGUACCUUGACGACCAAGUCGCGCCGUGCGAGGGUGGAGCAUCUCUUCAAUUCCUCAGGGACGUCGCCCAGGAAGUGGCGGAGUACCUCAGUGCACACAAAGACCAGGUUGUCCCCGAGAGCUAUCUGGAGGUCCUGAAGAGGUUCCCUGUGUGGGCAGGGAGGGCCGCUGAAGAGGACCUUGCUGCGCGAUCAGACUGCAGCGAGCAGGACAUUCCUCUCGGACAGGAUGGCGAGGGGCUGAGGACGCUGGACACGAAGAUCACACAGGCUCUGGCUAACAUGGAUUACCCUCCAGAGUGGAAAAACCCCAGCGGUCAGCCAAGUGAAGAUUUUGAACAUCGCCCCAAAGAAACCCUCCUCCACCUGGCGGUGCGUUUGGGUCUGGUCCACCUCGCCCGUUUCUUAAUCCACCAGCCGGCGGGUCGGAGGACGCUGACCUUACCCAACGAGGAGGGCGACACGCCUCUUCAGCUGGCUCAGAGAGGUGGACAGGACGCCAUGAUCAGAGCGCUGGCAGCCGGCCCCCCUGGUCCCGCCGUCCGGCCUGCGCCGGGUGUGUGCUGCGUGUGGUCCGACACCGCCUGCAUGUUGAGGUUUUGUCCCGUGACGGACACGUCGGCCCUCACCGUGCAGCGCACGACCAGCAGCUUCCCCCACGACUGCAUCGCGACGCUCCGAGAGAGGCUCAAAGACCAAACUGUCCUCAAACUGACCGAUGUCCUCAGAGGUGUGACCGAGGAAGAAAGGAAAGAAAAACAUGAAGAAAAGCCAGUUAGUGACGGCUUCAUCAGCAAGGAGCUCCGUGUGGACGAGCGAGCGCUGGUGGACAGUGUUUUUGAAGAACAGCUUGUUCUGUCUUUGGAUGAUGACGAUGCUCACGACGAAGGCUAUCCAUCCCAAUUAUCUGUGAACGGGCAUCGCCUGGAGCCCAGCGCAGUGGAACUCCACUUCUCCCAGCAGGCCGCAAAUCCUCCACAGCCCAUGAAUCAAAACGGCAACCAGAUCGUCUCGCAGAUGGAUGGCGUUCCGUACAGGGUGAGCGGGGUGACCAGGGACAGCACGGGGACCGACAUGUGGGACUCUGUCAGCUCGGAGGACCUCCUUCUGGCCACCGAUACUCCUCCGCCGUACUCGGAAGGCUCGCCCCCUCCCCCUCUGCGCUGCUCUCCUCCGCUCUCCCCUCUGGACCAGGCCCUCUUCCGGCUCAACCGUCCGGCCUCCUCAGAGCGGCAGACCCCCGCCAGAGACAGCCCCCCCAUGGACUGCUGUAUUCUCAGUCCCAGUCUGGUCGCCCUGGAGGUGGACAGUGAAGAAGAGAGCCCGGAGCCGGCAGCUCCGCUUUCCCCGCUCUCACCCGACGUGAGGGGAAGCGACGACCCGAGCGAAUCCUGUCGUCCUCCCGCCGGUCUCACCUGCACUCGCAGCCAGUCCACAUCCGCCUGUGAACCCACCUCUGAAGAACUGGCUGACCAGGGCAUCCGACUGCGCUCCUACUCCUACUCUUCCUCCAAGAUCAGUUUGCGUCCGACUCGUUUUCCCCGGGACCCCCAGGCUCCAGACACCCACCCAGAUGCCGUGCUCCACAGUGUCAGCCACAGCCGAUCUCUCCUUCAGGCCCUCUCUCUGUCUAAAUCUCUGUCUCUGCUCCACCCUGGUAAGCAGAGAACCCCCAGCGGGUCUGAUCAGCCACAUGAGAAAAGGGACGCUAGGUUUCGUAAGCGAGCCCAGUCUGCCGACGACGAGGGCAGCAUGGAGCUGGCCGAGUCGCUCCAGCAUCUCACGCUUUCUGAGUUUCUCAAAGAAAUUGAAGAAGAGGACUUGGAUAAGUACAGCGUCCCAACCAAGGCGGAGUCGGAGAAGUACAAAGUCAUCCGCACCUUCAGUUUUCUCAAAAGCAGGAUGUCCAGCACUCGCAACAAGAGCAAGGGGAAAGGGAAAGACCGGGAAGCCAAGGAUAAGCAGCUGAAUGGACACCGCUUCUCCACGGGCCCCUGUUUGGGCCCCACCGUGUGUGUGGUGUGUGACAAACCGGCUUCUGGAAAGGACCUCCUGCACUGCUCGGGCUGCACUGCCAUCGUCCAUAAGGGCUGCAGGGAUUCUGUCCCUCCAUGUUUCAAAAAACUUCAGGAUAAAUAUGCGGUGACCGUGGUGAAGAACAGGACGGCGUCCCUCCCUCAGAACUUCACGGUGAGGGACAGUCCUCCUCAGUGUGCCAUCCCCAUCUCUACCUCUCUACCUACCGGGACGCCGAAGGAGCGGAGGGACAACGGAACGCAGUCCAGCCCGCUGUCUGGAAGUUUCCCCAACAGCGACGGUCGGCUCAGUGAGAGUUCAGAGACCGAGUCUGAUUCCCUGAAAACAACCAGCCAAUCAGAGGAGCUGCUGCCCACCCCGGUGUCCUCCACCUCCACUGACUCAUCCUUCGGGGAGGACUGCGUGGACUCCUUCAUCCACGGCGACAUCUCGGCCGAAUCCGUGGAAUACGAGGCCGAGUCGUGGAGUCUGACGGUGGAGCACAAGUUCUGCAAGAAGCAGGACAAGCGAGCCGUCAAGAGGCAGGACGUCAUCUACGAGCUGAUGCAGACGGAGCUGCACCACCUGCAGACCCUGCACAUCAUGGCCGAGAUCUUCAGGCGGGGCAUGAAGGAGGAGGUGCAGCUGGACACGGAGGCGGUGGAGCGGGUCUUCCCCUGCCUGGAUCAGCUGCUGCUCUUCCACCACGCCUUCUUCGCCGCCAUGAAGGAGCGGCGGCACAGCUCGGCCCAGCCCCAGGGGCACAGGAACUACCUCAUCCAGCGAAUCGGGGACGUCCUUCUGCAGCAGUUUUCAGAUGAGAACGGAGACAAGAUGAAGCAGGUUUACGGAGAGUUCUGCAGCCAUCACAAUGAAGCCGUCAGCUUUUUCAAAGAACUCCAGCAACACAACAAGAGAUUUCAAAGCUUCAUCAAACAACAAGGUAAUAAUUCGUUGGUGCGGCGGAAAGAGAUCCCAGGGUGCAUCUUGCUGGUGACCCAAAGGAUCACAAAGUACCCAGUGCUGCUGGAGAGGAUCCUGCAAUACACACAAGAAGGGACAGAGGAGCAUGCCGACCUCUCCAAGGCCCUGGCUCAGAUCCGAGACGUGAUCGCAGCCGUGGACCUGAGGGUCAGCGAAUACGAGCGUCACCAGCGGCUCCGGGAAGUGUGGAACCGCAUGGAGAACCGCAGCGCGGCCAAGCUGAAGAACGGACACAUGUUCCGCAAGCAGGACAUGAUGGGUCCGGGCCAGAGGCUGAAGCACCAGGGGCUGCUGCUGUGGAAGACGGCCACCGGGCGGCUGAAGGAUGUUCUGGCGCUGCUCCUCACGGACACACUCAUCUUUCUGCAAGAAAAAGACCAGAAGUAUACAUUUGCCGCUGUGGACCAGAAGCCUCCGGUCAUCGCGUUGCAGAAGUUGAUCGUCCGCGAGGUUGCAAACGAAGAAAAAGGGAUGUUUUUGAUCAGCGCCUCAGCGGCUGGGCCUGAAAUGUACGAAGUCCACACGUCGUCCAAAGACGAACGAAACGCCUGGAUGAGGCUCAUUCGAGAGGCCGUAGAAAGCUGUCCAGAGGAAGAGGAGGAGUACGCGAGUGAAUCCGAGGAGGAGAAGCGAGCCGCUGAAGCUCGUUUCCAGAAGAUCCAAAAGUUGCAAGAGAGUCUGAUGAGCCAGGACCAGCAGAUCUGCUCCAGCCUGGAGGAAAAGCUGCAGAUCUACGCGGAGCUCUCGGUUCUGAGUGGGAGGACAGAUCCUUCACCGGUGGAAUCGCGACUGCUGGCCCAGCCGCACUCGGAGGAGCUGCCCCAGGCGGCCGUGCUGCUGGCUGCGGCUCUGCAAGAGGCUGAGAAUCUGAAAGCCACACUGUCGUCCCAGACCUGUUUUCCGCCGAGCCCCAGCCAGGAUUUGGAGUCAGACCCCGAGUUUCCAGUCGGUCCUGCUACGGUCGUAGAUCCUCCCCCAGACUCUGAAAACCACGAGGCCGGCGAGGGGAGCUGCCCCGAAGCCCUGGUCCUCCAGUCCUCACAAAACACAGAUACAAAUGACAUUGAGUUCAAGGUCGUUCAAGGCGUCCAGCACCUCACUCAGUUGCUGUACAGCCUGCAGGCGGUGGUGACCAUGCAGGACAGCUGCUGCGAGGUCCAGAGGCUCCUCCUGCAGGACGGCGGGCGGCCGUCGCCCCGCGCCCUGCGCCCGCACCCCCCCAGCGUCCGGGGCAACUCGCUGCAGGAGCAGGAGAAGCAGCGCAACCUGGAGAAGCAGAAGGAGGAGGUGGCGGCGGCCCAGCGGCUCCAGGAGCGGCUGCGCCAGGACAAGGAGCGCUGGGAGCGCGAGUGCCAGGCCAGGGACAGCCGACAUGUGGCGCUGGAGAGCCGGCUGGAGGAGAGGGAGCGGCAGUGCCAGCUGGAGGCGGAGCGGCUGAGGCAGGAGAGGGAAGAGCUGGACGAGCAGCUGGAGGAGUACCAGCAGAGCCUGGAGCGGCUCCGCGAGGGCCAGAGGAGCGUGGAGAGGGAGCGCGAGCGUCUAGAAACCCACCAGAAGCUGCUCCAGACCUGGAAGCACGGGCGGCAGAGCAGCCUGCCCGCCGUGAUCCCCCACAUGGUCAUCCCUCUAGAUGGGCACCAGGACACCACAGCGAGUCAGUCCAGAGACCUCGAGGGCAACGGCUCGGUGUUUGUCAACGAGGCGGCGUUUUCCGGCACCAACAUCAACAAUCGACACUUCCACCAAAAAAGAAACGACCCCAGCACGCACAAUUGUCUCAACACCCUGCUGGCCAGAUCCAGCAGCAGACAGCCCCCCGUGGGGAAGGCCCCCCACAGCCAGGACUCAGACUCCCAGGGAUGGGUGAAGGAGGCGGGAUACAUCUGCAGCCCCGCGGGGAGGUUUGGAACCAGCGAUCACAGUUACAAUGGGCAGACGUGGCCGUCGACGGCGAGCGGCGCCGACCCGUUCCCCGUGCUCCCGCAUCCCGGUGACCCUCAGCUGGACCUCAGCGCGCUCGUUUCCUUGGAGACCGAAAGCAGAGAGGAGGACAGCAGAGAGGAAACCAUCGUGUACCUCUGAUUGUCAGAAAAUCU